ACUAUUAAAGAUCAAUUUAUAAAUCAUGUGUGACAUAUAAAAAAAUAUUGACUGGCACACUAUACCUGGCCAGGGAGGAAAUGGUGGUGUCUUUUUUUAGCAGUAGUUGUCAUUUCUGAAAUGGAAUUCAGAUAAGAUCUAAGAUAAAUAAUGAGAAUUGUGUUAAUGCUAUGGGAUCCUGUGCAUCAUUUCUUCUCUUCCAAUGUAUGAAGAUUUAUCAAAUCAAACAACGAUGGCUCAGAGUCUCACCGUUGUCUACAUUGCAGUGGAGGUAGUCAUUGGGGUUCUUGCUAUCUUUGGAAAUACCCUUGUGAUCUGGGCAGUGAAGGUCAAUCCUUCUCUUCAAGAUACCACAUUUUAUUUUAUUGUGUCUCUGGCAGUGACUGACCUGGCAGUUGGAGUGUGUGUAAUACCUUUAGCCAUUCUCUUGGAACUCAAAAUACAUCUAUAUUUUCACACAUGUUUGUUUCUCUGUUGCACAAUCAUCAUAUUCACCAAUGCAUCUACUGCUUCUCUGCUUGCUAUAGCAAUGGACAGAUAUGUGAGAAUUAAGUUACCAAACAGCCAUAGAAAGGUGUUCACUAAAAAGAGGAUUUAUCUUAGUAUUUCUUUCUGCUGGACUAUGUCUACAAUUGGAGCACUGGUCCCAAUGUUUGGAUGGAACAACAGACCCAACCUUAGAGAAGAAGAAAGGAAUGUCCUGAUAUGCAAUUUUCCCAACGUCAUGAGCAUGGACUAUCUUGUGUACUUUUGCUUUUUUGUUUGGGUCCUCUUUCCUUUGUUCACAAUGAUGGCUUUGUAUGUGGAGAUCUUUUACAUUGUAAGACAGCAUAUGAGAAAACGUGUCUCCAACCUCCAUGUAAAUAAGUCAACUUAUAGCAAGGAACUUAAAAUUACUAUUUCACUUGUCUUUGUUAUGGGUCUGUUUGCAUUCUGUUGGUUACCUAUAUCCAUUCUGAACUGCAUCAGCUAUUUUUACCCUAAUAUUGUACAAACUGAUGCAUUCCAACCUGCUCUGUAUCUGUGCAUUGUGUUGUCACAUCUCAGUUCUGUCAUAAAUCCGAUAAUAUAUAGUCUUAAAAUAAAGAAAUUUAAAUCCACAUUUAUUCACAUCAUUAAAAGACAUAUCCCCUGCAGAGAUGUAAUAACUGAAGCCUCUAGUACAGAAAACACUGUUGAAAAAUGAAAUAUACAGUA